AUGGAGGAGAGCAGCCCGCUGGUGUCCCCGCAGCGGGCCCAGGCCGCCGCCUACGGGCCGCCGGCGGGGCCAGGCGGCGCGGUGCGCGCGCAGCCCCCCCCGGCCCCGGCCCCCGCCCCCGCGCCCUCCCCGCCCGGCUCCCCGCGCGCCCGCGCCCGCGAGCGGCAGCCGCUGCUGGAGCGAGGCGCGGCGGGCGGCCGGGGCCCCGGGGCGGCGCAGGCCCAGCGCGAGCGGAACGACUUCCCCGAGGACCCCGAGUUCGCCGAGGUGGUGCGGCUGGCGGAGGCGGCCAGCGAGCGCGGCAUCUUCCCGGAGCGCAUCUCGCAGGGCUCCAGCGGCAGCUACUUCGUCAAGGACCCGCAGGGGAAAAUCAUCGGCGUCUUCAAGCCCAAAAAUGAGGAGCCCUACGGGCAGCUGAACCCCAAGUGGACCAAGUGGCUGCAGAAGCUGUGCUGCCCGUGCUGCUUCGGGAGAGACUGCCUGGUACUCAACCAGGGUUACCUGUCCGAGGCCGGCGCCAGCCUGGUGGACCAGAAACUGGAGCUCAACAUUGUUCCCCGCACCAAAGUGGUGUAUCUGGCCAGCGAGACUUUCAACUACAGUGCCAUCGACCGGGUGAAGUCCAGAGGGAAAAAGCUGGCCCUGGAGAAGGUGCCAAAAGUGGGGCAACGAUUCAACCGCAUCGGCCUGCCGCCAAAGGUGGGCUCCUUCCAGCUCUUCGUGGAAGGCUACAAGGAUGCGGAUUACUGGCUGCGAUGCUUUGAGGCUGAGCCGCUCCCCGAGAACACCAACCGGCAGCUGCUGCUGCAGUUCGAGAGGCUGGUGGUCCUGGACUACAUCAUCAGGAACACAGAUCGAGGCAACGAUAACUGGCUGAUCAAGUACGACUGCCCACUGGACAGCACGAGUGUGCGGGACUCCGAGUGGGUGGUGGUGAAGGAGCCCAUCAUCAAGCUGGCUGCCAUAGACAACGGCUUGGCAUUCCCCCUGAAGCACCCCGACUCCUGGAGAGCAUACCCCUUCUACUGGGCAUGGCUGCCCCAGGCCAAAGUCCCCUUCUCACAGGAGAUCAAAGACCUGAUCCUCCCAAAGGUUUCUGACCCCAACUUCGUCAAAGACCUGGAGGAGGAUCUGUACGAACUCUUCAAGAAGGACCCUGGCUUCGACCGAGGGCAGUUCCACAAGCAGAUCGCUGUCCUGAGGGGCCAGAUCCUGAACCUGACGCAGGCCCUGAAGGAUGGGAAGAGCCCCCUGCACCUGGUGCAGAUGCCGCCGGUGAUUGUGGAGACGGCGCGCUCCCACCAGCGCAGCGCCAGCGAGUCCUACACACAGAGCUUCCAGAGCCGCAAGCCCUUCUUCUCCUGGUGGUAGCUGGGCCGCUUGGGGCUGGCCGGAGCUGGGCUGGCCUGCUACCGCGGCCAGGACUUUACACUCCGGGAGAGGGCGGGUGCGUCUGGGGGAACCUCCAACUGAACUUGGCCCGGGCAGAGCCGUCGAUUUCCCCUUGCUGCAGGGCUUGGACACAGCCUGGCAGAGCCAGCUCCAGCCACAAACUGCCCCGCUCAGCGGGAGUCCUCAAUGCAGCCGCUGAGCAAGUGGAGCUGGGGCCUGCGUCCUGUGGGCGAUUCUGAGCCCGUCUGCUUCCGGCUGGGGCUGGGAUCUGCCCGGGAGCCUUGCCCUGCCCCGCCCACCCCUCAGGAACCCCGGCUGCUCGCUGGCUGCAGGGCCCUAAAAGGCACCAGUGUCAGCCACCCUCCAGUGGCUAUUUGGAGAUGGUGUCCCUGGAGAGGAGGCAUGUGCAUGAGUGGGGAUCUCGCACAGGAGGCCCAGUAUGUGCCCAGGGCUGAGGUGGCAGCAGGCCUGGAAUACCCCGAAUGGCUGCGCUAUGGAGUGUCUGUAGCUGCCUUUCCUGCAGGGGAUGGAGACUGUGGAUGCCAGGGAGCUCUGGGCACCCUGGCAGAGGAGUGAUGCAUGCUGGGACCUGGCCCCACUUCACAGGGAAGCUGAGGGCCCUGGCAUGGGAGCUGCUUGUCCCCCUCCCCCACUGGGCACAGGGUGAUUUGUUCUGGUUUAGCUGGCUUGUUAUUGUUCCACCCUCCCUGUCUGAGGGGCCUGUUCCCCUCGGUUCCAUCCCUUGCUGCUGGGCAGGCCCCCUCCAGGGCCACUCCCUCUCUCUGCUCCACAGGCCCUGUGUGCACUUCCAAGGCCACCCUUCCCCACUCGGAGCGAGCCUAGCCUGGCAGGGGGCUGCUGCCUGCUGGGUGAGCCAUGGCUGCUGCUCCCCCUUCCCCACACUGUUGCUGCUCCUGCAGCCAGGGUGACUUGCCUCAUGGCCACUGCCUGGGGCAGUUCUGGGCAUCCCACAGCUCGUCCCGGGCUGGGGCUGGGCCUGGGCCGAGCUUCUCCUGCGGCUCCUUAGAGGCUCCAUGGGGUCUGCCCCAAGCCCCCUGGGGUGGCCUAGCACAGGGGCUUGGGCUGUGCUGCCCCCCUUGGGCUAGGGGGGUUGUGCAUGAUCCCCUCCAUGAACAGAAGUGGGCAGGAGGGAGCAGGGCUGGGCUGCAGGCUUUGGAGCCAUGUGUGCUGGAGCUGGCCAGGGGCUUCAUGGGCUGUGGCUGCUGCUAGCAUGCUGGAGGCGCGAUUCCAUCUUUCUGGCUGCUGCUGCUGCAACCUGACCUGAAAUGUAUCGUUCUCAUGCACUGUAGAAAUGUAUGUAAUGUAUUUAAACCCAUGCACCCGCUGA